AGCACAGCAGUUCACACAAGUAUACGACAGCUACCAUGGCACCGACUAACGGUGUCAGAGAGCGCAAAAAGGCUUCAAAGUCAGCCAACAGCACAAUACCAACAGAAAAGGUGCCAUCAGCACCGCAAGUCUCCCCAGAACCAGAAGCGGAUGAUCAACCACCACAGGGCGGGAAAUUCUCGACUUUCCGACAGAGACUACGAUACUUAAUCUGGUCUUGUUUUGGGUUAUCUCUUAUAUUAUACAUUGGACAACGUUUUGGAUAUGCAUCAGUAAAGCAAAACAGCCGUCCUGCACGGCCUAAUGACCUGGCUGGUUGGGAGCCGCAUUUCCCUCCUCCUGAUCAGGUAGUCACCACCGCAGACGUGGAGAAGCGUGAUGCUGUAGUGCGUGCUUUCAAAGAAGCAUGGGUAGCCUACGAGACCGACGCGUUUGGAUCAGACGAAUACCACCCCAUAUCGCACACCGGUUCCAAUCUCUCUACAGAUGGCGGAGUGGGGUAUAUGAUCGUCGAUGCGUUGGAUACGCUCGUGAUGAUGGGUCUGGACGAGGAGUACAAGCGAGCGAGAACGUGGAUUGAAAAAGAUUUGAGCUGGGAUCGAGGGGGAGGAGUAAACCUGUUCGAAGUGACAAUCCGUGUCCUUGGCGGGCUGCUCUCAUCAUACGCGCUGACCUUCGACCCUCUCUACCUUACUCGAGCUGAGGAACUUGCCAACCGUCUCCUUCCGGCCUUCUCUACUCCAUAUGGUAUCCCUCUCACCUCAAUCGAUCUCAAAGCAGGCAAGGGGAUUCCCGAUGCAGGCAACUCUGGUUUGAGCGGGACGGCAGAAGCGACGACUCUGCAGCUGGAGUUCAAGUACCUUGCCGAACUGACCGGAGACGAGGAAUGGUGGAGGGUAGCCGAGAAAGUCAUGGGCGUGGUAAAGAAGGCGCUCAGAUCACACGUAGUUCCCAUUUUUAUUAGUCCAGAAACGGGAGAGUUUUACAUCUCAGAAGUCCGUUUGGGAUCACGCGGAGAUUCGUACUAUGAAUACCUCUUGAAACAAUACCUGCAAACGGACCGCUCUGAACCGAUCUAUCGUCAGAUGUAUGAUGACGCCAUGACGGAGAUCGACCAAUUCCUUAUCCAUCGUACAGUCAAGAGCAACCUCACAUUUACAGCGGAGAUGCAUCCGUAUCGAACUCCGACUGGUGAACUGAGCUGGCGCUUAGCAGCCAAACAAGACCACCUAGCGUGCUUCCUCGCCGGCUCGCUCAUGUUGGGUGUGACGGAAGGUCAAGGCCCCGUACCGCCAGACGCGAGCAGUUGGACAGAAGAAGAUAAACGAGACUGGAGAAAUGGAGAGGAAUUGCUGAAAACGUGCAUGGCUACACAUGACACGAUUACUGGGCUGGCUCCAGAGAUUGCCAUGUUUCAUGACGCGAGCAGUCCCAUGGCGAAGCGGAAGGACUGGUAUAUCAAACAUAACAAGGACGGUUCUGCGAUCCUCGACGGAAGGUACAUCCUCCGACCCGAGACGAUUGAGUCUCUCUUCCUUGCCUUCCGCUUGACAGGGGAUAUCAAAUAUCGUGCAUGGGGAUGGCAGAUCUUCCAGGCCAUCCAGCGACACUGCAAGCUCCCAUCGGGUGCGUAUGCGGCUGUCAAGAAUGUGGAGACAUUACCAGUGCAAUGGGAGGAUAGGAUGGAGACGUUUAUGAUGAGCGAGACACUGAAAUACCUCUUUUUGCUGUUCAGUGACGCGAGCGUAUGUCCUCUCGACCAAUGGGUGUUCAAUACGGAAGCACAUCCACUUCCCGUAUUCAGUCCGUCGUUCAGCACAGCCGUUGUGUAACAUCAAGACGAAGAUAGACAAUGAGAUUCAUUGUUGCGCGGCUUAAUAUGCCCCAAUCCCUGCGCCAUUCAGUACGCACGCAGAUAAUGCUGCCCCAAGGAGUCCCAGCUUGGCGAACCUUCAUCGUCGGCCCGUCAAGGAUAACAUCCC